AUGUUGGUAGAAGACCUUGGCAAUAAAAUACAAGGACUGGUUCUCAUAAAAGAUGUCGUAUCAGAGAAAGAAGAAGAAUUAUUGGUCAAUGAAGUGAAUAAGCAAGUAUGGUCAGGUCUUGGCAUAGGACCGAAUCCAGAGUUAAAGCGAAGAACACAGCAAUAUGGUCAUUUAUUUAGUUAUCGUUAUAGAAAAGUUUUGGAAGAAUAUGGACCAUUGCCUGAAUUUAUUGAGUUUUUUGUAAAGAGGAUCAUGGAUCAUCAAUGGAUGCCAAAUAAGCCAAAUCAUUUGUUAGUCAAUGAAUAUAAUGCUGGUCAAGGUAUUAUGCCACAUAUCGACGCACCUGCCUUAUUUGGACCAAACAUCCUAUCACUAUCACUACUAUCUGAUUGCCUAAUGAAGUUCACCCUCGAGCAACAAGAGCUAGAAUCACCAAGCAUUGAUAUCGUGCUUCCGCGUCGUUCUUUGAUUAUUUUAUCGGGUGAUGCAAGAUACAAAUAUAAACACUCUAUUUCAAAGGACUUGGAAGAAAUAACACCAGAAGGGAGCAUCAUUCAUCGAGAAAAGCGUAUUUCAUUCACUUUUAGAGAAAUCAUUGCUUGGGAAGAUGAAUCCAAGAAAACGACAUGUAAAUAA